AUGGAAAACUGUUACUUUCAAUACGGCGUCGUGGCAUACAUUACGAUCGUCACAAUUAUCAGUCAAUCGGACGGCAGGGAGCUCCGUCCGUCGGUCCACGGCUUAGUCUACCAAGAUUCUUCACCACCGGUAAAAGCCAACGGAACCAAAGAAAUGCUAUAUUUCUUCGGUGCGACGAAGUUGUCACCUCCCAUACCGCUGCCAGAGGCCAAGAAUUUCACCGAUCCGGCCACAUGGUGGAGCAAUCACGCGGUUGGGAGAUCGCGUGGAGAUCACGUAAAGAGGUCCUUGCUUGUUGCCAGCUUAAUCUGUGGACUAACGGGCGUCGUAUUGCUCUCCGUCGCCGGGAUUCUAUUUCUCCUUCGCCUCCGAAAGCAGAAGCAGCAAAACUCAUCACCCUCGACAGCUCCAACUUCUGCACCUAAUGCUUUUGCUCAUAAGUAG